AUGGAUUAUUUCAGACCCACGACUGAGCAACGACGUCGCCGAUAGGACGCGAGUGAGCGUGCGGCUGCGUUGCGGUCGCCGUGGUUCGGUCGUCUGCGGAUCACCUUUUGGUGGACGAGAGCGCGCGCCGUUUCUGUCUCGUCUAGUCCUCCUCCCAUUCUGCUACGUGUCGUUGUUGCGGGUGAUGUCCGUGACCUGAUGUCACUGAUUAAUUCGUGA